UUUACCUGUACUCUGACCGGAAGUUAUUGAAAAUGUCAAUAAUAAAGACCAAUCAACAUUCUUAGGACUUUUUGAUGAAUUAGCUUGUUGUUAAAUGGACAGUUUAUUCAACGGAAUAUUAGCCUUGGGCUUAAACUCUAGAACAUGACCUAUAUAUAUAACUUUAUGUAGUAUAUGUUGUGUAAAUUUAACAACUUUAAACUAAAAACAGUAUAGUUCCUCGCUCAUCCAAAAAUCAUGACAAAAAGAGUAGCAAUUGUGACCGGAGCCAACAAAGGGAUAGGUUAUGCUAUAGUUCAGGCGUUAUGUAAACAGUUUGAUGGUGAUGUUCUCUUAACAGGACGAAGUGAAGAGAGAUGUAAGGCUGCUGUUGCAGAGCUGCAGAAACAAGGACUAUCACCUAAAUAUCACCAAUUAGACCUUGAUGACCAAGCUUCCAUUAACAAGCUUAGGGACUUUGUCAAGGAACAAUAUGGUGGAAUUGAUGUUCUUGUAAACAAUGCUGGUAUUGCAUUCAAGCAAUCCGCUACAGAAUCAUUCGGUGAACAAGCAAGAGUGUCGUGUGGUACAAACUUUACUGGUACCCUGAAUGUGUGUAACACACUCUUCCCUCUACUGAGACCACAUGCGAGAGUAUCAAAUGUGUCUAGUUUCGUAUCACAGAUGACAAUAUCCAAAUGUAGCAAAGAAAUCCAAGAAAAGUUUACGAACCCUAGCUUAACUAUGGAUCAACUGGAAAGCCUUAUGCAACAAUUCAUUGAUGCUGCACAAACUGGGAGUCAUCAAAAACAAGGAUUUGCUGACUCAUCAUAUGGCAUGUCAAAGGUCGGUGUAACCGUGAUGAGCUUCAUACAGCAGAGAGAAUUGAACUCUGACCCUAGAGAGGAUAUUGUUGUGAAUGCAUGUGACCCUGGAUAUGUUGAUACUGAUAUGUCAUCACACAAAGGAACAAAAACAGUGGAACAAGGAGCAGAUACACCCGUGUAUGUAGCGAUGCUUCCACUUGGAACAACAAGCCCGAAAGGGGACUUCGUGUCUGAUAGAACCAUAAAAAAAUGGGGAUGACGAUUUGAUAAGAUAUAGUGAAUUAAUUCAUGACAAAGAUAGGUUAUAGUAGCCGCAGUUGAAAGAUAUUUUUAUGAUUUUGUGAUAACUGGCAGCCUCAGUUUUGAAAGGUUAUUACGAUCUUAUUUUUUUUUUUAUAUUUGACUACUUUAUACAUGGAAAACCGCAAUUUUUGUAUAAUUGUUUUUUUUACAAUAAAACUUUACUUUCCAUC